GAAUUGUCUUCGGCUUUAUAAGUUAACUCGCAGUUCCACGCAGGAUAAGACAGACAACAGUUACAUUUUGCCCAAGGAAGAAAAAUACAAUUGCGAAAUGUCUGUCACGACAGCUCAACAAAACCGUGGCCAUACUACAAUGCUGGACCCGUCGGAGCAUCUUCGACCAGAGCCGGUAUACGCCGGAAAGCGGCAGAAUGAGUUUCGAAAUUAUGAUGAAGAUUUCGAAGAUCCUAUCAAGGAACGUGUCCGCAAAACCUACGAAGAGAUGCAUACCAAUCAAACCGUCGAGUUCGUGCAAACUCGCAUGAAAGAUUGGCUUCGCUUUAAUAAAUUCAAAAUGACGGUGAAAGAAGCCCUGCUCAAGCUGAACGACCUCGUGGACGAGAGCGAUCCGGACACGAACUUGCCUAAUAUCAUCCACGCGUUCCAAACUGCAGAAUCCAUCCGAAAGGAACAUCCAGACCUAGGCUGGUUCCAUCUUACCGGCUUAAUUCACGAUUUAGGCAAGGUGAUGGCGUUUUACGGAGAACCCCAGUGGGCGGUGGUGGGUGACACAUUCCCCGUCGGUUGUGCCUGGGGCGACUCCAUCGUAUACCGAACGAGGAGCUUUGACAACAAUCCCGAUGGCAAAGACUCUCGUUACAAUACAAAGUACGGUAUGUACAAACCUAAGUGCGGAAUAACCAAUCUGAUGAUGUCAUGGGGCCAUGACGAGUACUUGUACCGUGUACUCGUGCACAACAAAAGCAAAUUACCGAAAGAGGCUUUGGCUAUGAUCCGUUAUCACUCCUUUUACCCCUGGCACGCCGGUGGCGACUACAUACACUUCUGCACCCCGGAAGAUAUGAAAAUGAUGAAAUGGGUUACAGAAUUUAACAAAUUUGAUCUUUAUACUAAAAGCGACGCCGUCCCGGACGUUGAGAAAUUGUGGCCAUACUAUGAGAAACUGAUCGACGAAUACAUCCCCGGCGUAAUCGAGUGGUGAUCUUCGUUUCUAUUACACGUAUUUGUAAAUAGAACACUUAUAUAAAAUUAAAAAUUGAAUUAAACGAAAAUUAUAUUCUUUUGAAUAUAGUUUGAAUCUUAAAACCACAUUAAAAUUAUAUACUCGAGAGAA